AUGGUAGACGACAGUGGAUCCAAGGACUACCAAGAGGUGCUUUCAAACCUGAGGAGCAUGGUUAACACGAAAUUUUUAAAAUACACCUUAAAAUUAAACGAGAUGAGGCGGAAGCUUCAGCGGGAGGCAUUAGAAGCACCAAGUGCUCCCAAAGAAGUCAACAGCAGAGAGACCAGCACUUCGUUGCUAAUGGAGGAGCAAGAACACCAACAGAAGAAUGAGUUUAUGGAAGAAAGAAAAAGAAUCGUCAAAAGCAUAAAUGAAAUAGGACAGAUUGUGGAGGAUAUUUCAAUCCAUGUUAGGCUGCAGGAAGAACAGCUAAAGAGGAUUGACGAUAUUGUAAUUCAGAGUGAUAAGUGGUCCAAGAAGGCUCUCAACGAGCUGAAUGAUAUUUGGUUUGCAGUUCGAUCCAAUAGAAAAACCAUCGUGAAGUUCUUUGUCUUCUGGAUUUUGGUUAUUUUGCUGUUUUGGGGCCUAAGGAAGAUAUAA